GCGCCCACUGUGUCUGUCUAUCAGACUCAGCCUGUUAAUGCCUUGUUUAUAGUCGCCGUCUGUCCAGUAGCAUCCGUAACGAGCGACGUUGCUGAGUUGUUUGUAAGCGCUUGCAGACAGGCCGGCUCAAUCCGGCACGCCAAAUUCCCUCUGUCGAAUUCGUCUGGCCGCCUCUCCAGUCUCACUCAGGUCGCCCCAUCGCCUGGCGUCGCCGGGUCCGCUUCCUCCGUCCUCCCGGAUUUAACCCCGGCCUCGUGCCGCGUCAUGACGAGUGGGCUGGGCCAGGCCAGCUGCCCCGGCACGGGCGGCAGGCACACGCGCCUCAUCGGUCGGUUCAAAGUCGACGCGAGGGCUGCACUGCCGCGGCCCCGAGGUCAGGCGACUCGCAGUUGA